UGUGUGUAGCCUGAUCUCUUUUGACCUAGGCAAAAUGAAAAUGUGUGUAUGAUACAGGAACUAGAGCUAUAAGCGAUCAAUGAGAUGAUACUGUUUACAUUCUAAACUGUUACUAAAUCAACAUAUUUUAUCUCCCUUUAUUUGUUUCCAUCAUCCCGGUGGGGUGGGGUGGGAUAGUAAGCAGAUAAUGCAAGAUAAAAACCGAAAAUUCACUUUAAACAAAUAGUCUGUCGGUCCCAUUUGAGAUAUGACGUAACAAACGUUUGACCUUUAAUACAGCGUCAUCGAUUCUGACGUUUUGAUGUCGUAAACGGACAUAGCAACAUAGUUAACAACGCUACUGCACCAGACGGCAACUUUGUAUUUGUUAAGAAAAAAAAACAGCUUUAAAAUGCACCCAGAUAAACAAUUCUGCGACAACUAUUCGUUGUCACCACAACUUAGCAACAGGAGUGAUCCAAAAUCAAUGCUAGAUGGCGGCGGAGACUUCACUGAGGAUAACGUAUUAUCAUCAGCCCAAAGGUCUUCUAAAACCAACCUCUUCGGUGGUACACGUACACACGGCCCUUCAUUCAGCGACGAUCCGACUGAGUGGAACAAGGCAGAUUAUGAGUACAACAUCAACUUUCUGUAUGACUACAUGGUCAGCCAGAAAAGAUACAUGAAACAUGAAAACGAGAAGUACGCCAGGAAUAAAGAACUCCUUGCCAAUAUGAAAACUACGCGCCAACAAGAAUAUGAUAAUUCUGUGCGGAAGACAUCCGAAACCAAGCGUCUAAUGAGCGAGAUCGAAGGCUAUGAGUUGCAGAUAAAGCACCACACUACUUUGGGCGCCUGCAGCAAAAUCAGGUACCUGGCAGAAGAUAAACUCAACAGGGAUCUCAAAGAGCAGAAAAAGAGGCUUCUUAGAGAAAAAGAAUUCCAGCUGAGAAAACAGACCGAAGAAGGAAUCUUGCCAUAUGUCAUUGAGAAGCAUGAAUCAGCCAAGCAGUUACUUGAGACAGAGCAAGACAGAAGAAAGCGUCUGCAGCAGAAGGCUCAGUGGUAUGACACAGAAAUUGCAGCCAUUCAUGAAGUUUUAGGACAAAAUGAAAACAAGAAAAUCAGAAAAGAGGGCAUACCUAUGGAAACCGAAAAUGGAAACACAUGUUUAGUUCAGAAUAAAGUUGCUAACAGCUGCAGUAAUAACAUUGCUAGCUUCUUACCGGAAAUCAAUACAGGGAAGAAUAAUAUGGUAACCCUUAAACCUGUUGAAGAAAAUGUCAAAUUUAUUCGGGAUCAAGGUAAUUACAGUCAGUCUGUACAGGAAGCAAACCCACAUGGACAUGUACCUCACCUCCCUCCAGUUACAAACGCACAUACAUAUGUGUCCCACCCACCAACAGUUGCAACAACACAUGAACAUGUACCCCACCCACCAACUGCUGCAACCACUGAGAGCUAUGUACCAAAGCCACCAUCGGAGAAGAAGGAUGGACGGCUCAAGAAAUUCUACAGAAAAAUUAGGAAUGUCAUUAAAUGAACUAUUUUACUUCAAAUAUAAGUUUACAAUUAUGUGUUAUUUGUAUAAUGGGUUUAUAGAGAUUUAUAUUUCAGUAAAAUUAGAUCACAUAGUAUAUAAAAUCAUUUGGAUGAUCGACAAUUUGUGAAUAAAUUACCGAAGUACGGAAAAUACA